AGGUCACACGAAAGUCUCCCAACUAAUAGAACAGCGUCUGUUGUCCAUCGGGUAGCCAUAUUGUGUUUUGAACAGAAUGUCGAAACUGUGAUCUAUUAUGUAUUUACAAAAUUAAAAUGGUUAAAGCUCAAGACAGAAAGAAAUCGGUACAUACAGAUAAUUAAGUCCUGGAAAUGGCCAAUAACCUUAGUUGCAAUAUGAAUUCAUAUUUUUUAUCAUUAAAAGUGAAAUGAUUUGGAAUGAAAAUGUGAGAUUGUGAGAAUUAUUUUAACAUUUAAAAGUCCAAAAUGGUCAGAGAGGUUGAGGCAGGGGAAUCUGCCAAUCCCACAUACACUAAAUGGCUAUUAGAAGCAAUACAUAAGGUCAAAAGUCAAAAGCAAAGACCUAGUGAUGAUCGGAUCUGUCAUGCUGUUAAACAAACUCAUAAUGUCAGCAAAGACUCCCUUAAAGAACAACUUGAACUUGCAGUGAAAGGGGGUUUUAUCUUGAAAGUAUUAAAUAAAGGAAUUUGCUCCUAUAGAGAUCCUAACUUAGGCCCAAGACCUAAGUCAUUAAAAAUUAGUCGAAAGACAGAUUUAACAAAAUUUGUUGUAAGAGCUUUGAAGAAUGGCUCAGAGACAGGUCUGACUGUAAAACAAAUUGAAAAAUAUGUAGAAGGUAUCUAUUCAGUAGAAGUUGAAGAAACUAGUUUAUUUGAGAAUAUCAAGGCAUCCAUUAGAAAGGGCAUUAGUAGAAAAUUACUUGAAAAAGACGGCAAGCUUAUUAAAUUGAUAGAAAGGCCAAAUGCUGGAACUGGACCGAACGACAUUGCUGAUGAAUUUUCAAGUGACCAUUCAUUUUGCUUCGAAGAAGAAAAUAAGGAGGUUUGUCCACCGUGUCCAGUUUGCAGUUUUUGCCUUGGUGAUGAGAAGAAGAAUAGGGAUGGUAAACCAGAAGAGCUCAUCUCCUGUGUUGACUGUGGGAACAGUGGCCAUCCGUCUUGUCUAAAGUUUUCUGAAGAACUCACUGCCAAUGUUAAGAAAACACGAUGGCAGUGUAUUGAGUGUAAAACAUGCUUCUUUUGUCGGAAAGCUGGUAGAGAGGACAAUAUGCUAUUCUGUGACUCUUGUGAUCGUGGUUUCCACAUGGACUGUUGUGAUCCUCCUGUUACAAAAGCACCUAAAGGCCAGUGGGUAUGUAAUAUCUGUGAUCCUGAUAGAGGCAAUAAAAAAGGGAAAAAGUACCUUGAGUUGGCUGAAAAAUAUAGGAGGAAAUACCAUAGUAAGACAGGAGGUCUUAAAACUCCAGAUAGUAUAAAAGCAAAACUGAAAGAAAAAUGCCCUACUCCAGGUUGUGAUGGGUCUGGUAAUAUCAAUGGCAGAUCAUUGCACCAUAGAAAGCAAUAUCAGUGCCCCAAAAUACCUCCAAACCAAAGACCACCUCGAAAGAAGGGUUUAAAACCUGGUAGAAAGAAGCUUUUAGCCAGUGAUGACAGCAGUUCUGGUAAUGUAGUGAGAUGUAAAGUUUCCAAUGGUGAACCUAUCUCUAGUGAUAGUGAACAGGAGAGCACCUUUGAGCCACUUUCUGCACUCAAUAAACCAAAAGGCCUUGUGGAUGGCUUGUCUAAAUUUUUUACACCGUCUGAUAAAAGGAAGUCGAGAGUUUCAUUAAGCUCUGGUGCAGGUCUAGUCCAAAUAAGAACUUCUAAACAGAAGUCUAAAGUUAAAACUAAAAAACAUAGUCAGUCUCGGCAGGCAGCAAGUAAAUUGAUAAGAAAAUCAAAAUUAUACAAUGCUCAUAGAAAGAGAAGAAAGCUAGGUGAACCUCCAGGUAGUGGACAACUUAAAGGACUGUUUGAUGGGCUUUCACAUAUAUUUACAGCACAGGGGGAAAGAAAAAGAACUUCAGCUGUGUAUAAUAACACUCAAAGACGUAAGAAAAAUAAGAGAGAUGGAACAGAUUUUUUAUCUGUUGGAAUCUGUGAUAAUUCUAGCACUGAUGUAAAAGAAUCAUUAACUAUUAGGCAUACUGUGAUAGAUGGGCGGAUUGCUAAUAUUAACAUGUUACACAGGGGUAGGGGACGGGGUAGAGGUAGGGGACGAGGCAGAGGGAGGGGAUACAGGUCUCGCAGUGAUUCUCCAGCAUCGGAUGUUGGACCAUUGUUCAGGGAGGACCUUCACACAGAUGGCUACCUGUCUGACCAAUUGUCAACAACAAGUGGAGGCAAUUCCUCGCCAGCAAGGAGCUUGGUUGGGUUCGGGAGGGGAAUGAAGGAUUGUGAUGAUGGGGAGGAGUUGGAUAAUGUUUUACCUCCUGGUGUCUCUCAGGAGGAUGUAGAUCUCUUCAAACAAGCUCAGGACCAGGCACUUCAUCUCCUUAAAAAGCUUGACACUGCUGGUUUACAGGAGUGGGCAGAGCAACAGGGUAAAAGGGAGAUCAAACCAGACAGGGUACCAAGUCCAGAUACAGUGGCUGAGACCCCAACUCCAGUACAAGUUACAACAACAUCAUCUGUACCACCAUCAACUUCCACACCAUCAUUGCUAUCAUCUACACAGUCAUCAUGUGCACAGCCAGUUACGUCUUCAGGAUCUGUACCCCCAUUGCCUGCAACACCAAGUCAGAGUACAACUGGUUCUAAUGUUCUGCCAUCUCAGGGAAGAUUUCCACCAUGUAUAGAGUUUGGCAAAUAUGAAAUACAGACAUGGUACUCCUCUCCAUUUCCACAGGAAUAUGCCAAAUUACCCAAAUUGUACAUUUGUGAAUACUGCCUUAAAUAUAUGAAAAGUCGGAGUGUGCUUCAAAGACACAUGAACAAGUGUGGAUUACAGCAUCCCCCGGCAAAUGAGAUUUACCGUUAUAAUGACUUAUCAGUGUUUGAGGUAGAUGGUAAUGUCAGUAAGAUAUAUUGUCAGAAUUUAUGUCUACUAGCUAAACUAUUCCUGGAUCAUAAAACACUGUAUUAUGAUGUUGAACCAUUCCUCUUCUAUGCUCUCACACAGAAUGAUGAUGAAGGAUGUCAUCUUGUUGGAUAUUUUUCUAAGGAAAAACACUGUCAACAGAAGUACAAUGUCUCUUGUAUCAUGACCAUGCCACAGUGUCAGAGGAAAGGAUAUGGCAGAUUUCUGAUAGAUUUUAGUUAUUUAUUAUCUCGGCGGGAAGGUCAAGCUGGUUCUCCUGAAAAGCCACUUUCUGAUCUUGGUAAAGUCAGCUACCAGGCAUAUUGGAGAAGUGUUAUUGUAGAAUAUAUAGCAAAUUGUCCAGAAGAAACGUCAAUUACUAUUAAAGGUAUAAGUCGUCAAACUGGAAUGUGUCCUCAAGAUAUUACACAAACUCUACAUCAGCUAAAUAUGAUCAUCUACCAGAACGAAAAAGUGGUGAUAAUGGUAAACAGACAAUUAGUAAAUGAUCAUAUGGAGAAACUUCAGUCAGGCAAGAUUAAACGGUUGUCGCUAAAUCCUGAUGCUCUCAAGUGGACACCUCUCAUUUCUAGUCAAAGUUUGUUGGAUGAGGAGAAAAAUACUGCUAAUGAGUUAAGAAAAAUGUCAAAACUUGUGAGCAGUAUGUCACACGAGUUCGGAAGCAGUCCCAUAAAGAGCGAUUUGGAUGGAUCAUAUUUAAGUCCUAUCAAAGAGGUUGUUGAAGUUACUGACAGUACACCUGUGAAAACACCACCCUCACCAAAAGAGAUUAAAUUUCCAAUUCGUAGGAAGCGUGGAAGAAAAAGAAAGAGCAGAAGCUUAUCUAUUGGAAAUGAUGACAGCAAGAGAACCAAGUAUGAUUCUGAUGCUGAAGAUGAAGAUUCAGACAAUGAUGGUAUAAUGAACAGUACAAAGAAUGAUUCUCUGAUCUCAAACUCCUCUAGAACUGACACUGAGACAUCAGUGAACAGUUCUGCGGUUUACUCUCCAGCUCUCUUACCACGAAGAGCUAGGGGUUGGCCAAAGGGCGUUGCCAGAAAUUCAUUUAAGAAGAAAAAAAUAGAAAUUGUGAAAAAACAAAAGCCAUUUGGACGUGGUCGCGGACGGGGUAGAGGUAAAAGACCACGAGGUAGACCAAGAAUAUAUAGAAAUGAUGAUGAUCGUGACACCACUAUUGAUACAAAUAGAGAUGAGAAUAUGAGUGAUCAGGAUGAAGAUUCUAAUGAACUCAAAACUGACAAUUCCAGGUACAGGGACAGAAGUGUUCCAAAUGGAGAAUUAAACCUCUCUAGUGACUCUUCAUCAAAUGACAGUGAUAGUGAAUUGGACACGAAAUCUCUCAAAUCAUUGUCUCCUAGCUUGAGGAAAAAUGCUCUGAGGAAAAGCAUUCGUGUUGAUUCCGAUAAAGAGUCGGACAAUGAACUUAAUACUAGUGCUGAAAUAAAUGAUCACAAGUCACCAAUAAAAAACGACAAUAGACUUGAAACAUGUACAAACAAAUCAAGUCCAUCUAGCACGGAAGGUGUUCGAGAAAAUUGUACACCAGAAGUUCCUACUCGUAUUCCUAGUCCAUUACAAGUACUGCCAGAAUCAGGUUCUGAAUGCAUUUCAGACUCUAUAAGUGAUGAUGUGCCUUCACUAACACCACAAAUACCAACACCACAUAGUGUUGACAGUCUAGACUGUCCAAAAAGUGUAGAGUGUACACCUGUAGAGGAUUCACAUUUGAAAAGUCCCAAUUUUACAUCCACACAAUGUGCUAAUGCUGAACAAAGUGACCCUACUCCUCAAGAUAGUGAUCAAAACAUAAGUCAAACUACUCCGCAGCAACAACAUGAUCUGUCUUUCAGUGAAUGUGAUACUUUGACUUCAGAAAAAGAUAAACUUAAUGAGACAUUAGGAAGUGAUGCUGAACAAAUACUAGCAGAUAGUAGUGCUCUAGCUAGUCGCAGCAUUGUGGAAGAAAUGGAACAGCAAGAUAUGGAGAACAUUGAUGAUGAUGGUGAUGAAAUAGAUAACAAUUCUAUGGGUGAUAUUCCAAGUGAUGAUAAUUUGCAGGAUUUUGAUAGUGACACUUCAACACAGGAGGCUUUGCGAGCUACUGAAAAUCUAGAGCAAGUGAUAGCAGCAGAGUUGGAGAGUAGUUUAGAACAAACAGAGGAAAGUGCUGGCACAACACUUAACACUGAACCUCUUGUCCAUCAGAGGGAAGACAAUAUGAACAUGGAAAGUAUAGCAAGUGUUGGCAGUGUUCACAGUCAGCAUAGUGUUAAUGUUCCUAGUGUAGAGCCACCAGUGCAACAAAAUGAACAUCCACAACCCAGUCCUCACCAUCCACACCCCAGUCCACACAAUAUUGUUAGUCCACAUCAUCAUCCAAGCCCUCAUCAACCAGGACCAAGCCCACAUUUACCUAGCCCACACCCACAUCACACUCUCAGUCCACACCAGAAUGUUAGUCCACAAUGCAAUCAAAUUAAUGCACAAAUGUUCUCGGCAAACCAACAAAUGAACAAUAUGAACAGUUCAAAUCUAACUGGUAACCCUAGGUUUGGUAGUGAUAUAGAUGUUAGUCAGCUAGCAGGGUUAGAAUCUCCUACAUCAAUGAGCAGUACAGAGCUUCAGAAUACAUCUGGAGAUGGAAAUAUGCAACAGCCAUCUCAGCAUCAGCAGCAACAACAUAGGCAGCAACAACAACAAGCUAUGGGACCCACCUCAUUUUCUGACUGUGCUCAACAACAGCAGCAACAACAACAACAACAACAGCAACAACAAACAUAUAGUCUUCAGUUUAACAAUAACCAGGUACCGUUGUCUUAUAAUUGUGGUACUUCUUAUAUGGACACUGUUAAUUCUGCUAUGCUUUCCAACACAGGCACAUAUAUGCCUAUUGUAAGUUCUGCACAGAUGAAUUUUAUGGCUGCUGCUGCACCACCAAACAAUUUUACUCAAGUGUUGAUACAACAACAACAGCAGCACCAAAACCAACAAUCUCAGAGACUUACACAUAAUGCAACACCAUGUCCGCCAAAUGUCAGACAAGGCAAUCCAGUUGGCUUUGGUGGUCAAAACAGCUGUAGUUUAGCUAAACUGCAGCAGCUUACUAAUGGAAUAAUGGAUAUCAUGCCAGAAAAUCAGAUAACCCCACCUCCUCAGCUGACACCCCCUCCUUCAGUCAGUUUGGCUCCACCUACGUCAUUGAUGCGUACUAUGCAAACUCCAAACCCGUCACAGCAGUCCAUGCAGCAGCAACAGCAACAAUUUCAGCAACAACAAAGGCAAUACCAAAGACAAAAGUCUGGAUCAGGAUCUUCUUCAAAUAAGAAAAAUCAGAAUAUUGCACCUUCUGCUAGCCCUAAUCCUAAUGUAACAUUCACUCCAAAUAUGGCAAUACAACCAAAUACGAACAUGAUUCCUCGUUAUAAUAUUAUGGACAGUUACAGAAUGCAGCAGCCAAUGAUAAAUACAAGUUAUAUAACUGCUAAUCCAAGUUUCAUUAAUCAGCUCAGACAACCCAUGCAGAUGAGUUUCAAUGUGAACCCAAUGAAUCCUAUGAACCCAAUGAAUGCAAUGAAUCCUCAACAACAUUUUCCUCAGCAUAUGCAGCCUCCUCAGUCAAACAAUGUAUACACAACAUAUGGAUAUAUAAAUGGACCUGGAUUAAAUAUGAACAUGAGAAGGUGAUAAUAACAAAACUGCUAGUGCUGAAAUAGCUCAAUUAAGUGUGACAAGUUUACUUAUAUGUGCUGCCUUUUUGUCUUUGAAAUAAGAAGUUAGAUAAGUUAUUCUUAUAUUACUCUAAUUCAAUGUACUUUUUACCACAAAAAAUAAUGUGCAAGAUAGAGACAGAAUAACUAUAGUAUUGUACAAAAUGUGGGCUGGUCUCAGAAUAUUAAAAGAGCAUAGUAGUUUAAUCCUUCAUCUUUUCAUUGUACAUUUUAACAUUACAGAAUGUUUCUCAAAUGACAGAACUAGACAUAUUUUUAAAUCGUCUCAUUAAAAUAUCAUUUCAUAAUAUGAUUUUACUAUUUAUUAUUGUAAAGUUCAGUAGUAGUGUAAUAUAACUCUAUAAAUGGCAGAACUGAACAAUUUUAUUAGUGUUGAGCUGGUUAUUUUAAUGUGACACAAUAAAAACUGUACCAAUGUGCUAUGUUAUCUAGUCGUGUUGUGCGGCUACUGUUCAAAAGUAAGCUGUAAAUCACCUUUCAACUGUGCCACUUUGCCAUUAGUAUUAAAUUCAGUUAUCUCGUGCAUCUGGUUGCCUUGUGUAUAUAUUGUUACAUUUUGUAUAUGUUGCCCGACCAGCAUCUCACCGAUGUAGACAACACUUAGGUUUUUUACGGCUUUUCAGACCUCAUUCCAUGCAAUUUUUGUUUUAUUGAUGUAAAAGGAUGUGAGGCAGAUUGUCUAUACAAUGUAUAUAUUCACUUGGUUGUUAAAUGUACUAAUGUGAUACACAGCUACAUUGUUAAAUCCUUAUUUAUAGGGAUAAUUUAUGGUUUCUAUUGUGUUUUAGUUACUUUGUAGAUUAAAAAAUGUUUUGUAGUAUUGAAAACAAGCAAGUUGACAUAUUUUUGUUUGACUACAGUUAUGCAUACAGUGCUUGCGUCUUUCUUAUAAUCAACCAUUUGCUGGUACAGAGAAUCUCGUGUUUUAGAUCUUUUAUUUCUUACAGCAAUUCACCAUUUUGACAAGAGUAUGUUUGUAACAUUUUACUUUCUUACCAUUGCUAUCAUCCUUACCACCAUCUUUCAUAAUUAUAUUUUUGUCUAAUUUGUAUAUAAUGAACUCCCAUUGUGGAUUGUGCAUUUACUAUUUAAUUAAAAGAAUAAUUUGUUGAAUUUUAAA